AUGAACUUUCCGCAAAUGAUGACCCUCUGGAAAGAAUAUAAGAAGGGCCAAGUGCUGGGUUUCACUCAUUGUUUUGAUUUGCAGAUGGAGUUGAGUGUAGCUAAACUUCCCAGCACUCCAUUGUUUCUAUGUCUUGUUCUUCCCCUGUUUACUCUUAUGAUUUGGCUUAAGUUACAAACAAAUGGCCGAAAAAGGCUUAAGUUGCCACCAUCACCCCCCAAACUCCCAUUCAUCGGCAACAUUCAUCAACUCGGCAAGCUUCCCCACCGCUCCCUCCGAGAUCUCUCCAGGAAAUAUGGCUCACUCUUGCUACUUCAAUUGGGCCAUAACCAGACGCUGGUGGUUUCAUCAGCCGACAUGGUUAAAGAAAUUGUCAAAAAUCAUGAUGUUGCUUUCUCAGACAGACCAAGUACCACUGCCGCUAACAUCUUGUUUUACGGUUGCACGGAUGUGGGUUUCGCACCGUAUGGCGAGUACUGGAGACAAGCUAGGAAGGUGUGUGUCACUGAGCUUUUGAGUCUUCGAAGAGUUAACUCGUUUCAGUUCUUGAGAGAUGAUGAAGUUGAAGUCACCAUUGAUAAACUCCGCCGAGCUUCUUUCAAGGGAGAGGCUGUUAACCUGACGGAGUUGCUGAUGGUUGCUUCGAAUAACCUGGUUUCGAGAAGUGCUCUGGGUCGAAAAUUCGACGACGAAGAUGGGAAAAUCAAGUUUGGGUUGUUGGCUAGAAGGUUUUUGAUCCUUAUGAUGACUUUUUGUGUUGGCGACAUGUUUCCUUACUUGAAGUGGGUUGAUGUUCUUCGAGGAUUUACAUCAAGCUUGAAACAAGUUAAAAACGAAUUUGAUACUUUUUUUGAUCAGAUCCGUGAAGAAGAUAGAUCUUCUCAAAACAAGGGAGAAAGGGACUUUUUUUCUAUUCUGCUCAAACUCCAAGAAAAUGGCUUGCUUGAGAUGGACCUCACUCCAGACAACAUCAAAGCAAUCAUACUGAUACAUGUUUCUUUUUUUCAGGAUAUGUUUGUUGGUGGAACUGAUACAACUUCAACAACGCUAGAAUGGGUAAUGGCUGAACUAAUGAAAAACACAAACGUCAUGAAAAAGGUUCAAAAAGAGAUAAGAAAUGUGGUUGGAAAGAAAGCACAGAUAGAUAUGAAGGAUGUAGAUGAAAUGAAUUACUUAAAAUGUGUAAUCAAAGAAACAUUAAGGCUUCAUCCAGCUGUUCCACUCCUUGUUCCUCGACGAACAAGGUCAAAGAUUAACCUCGGAGGUUAUGAAAUUCCUUCAAAUAUCAUGGUUUUCUUUAAUUCCUGGGCGAUUCAUAGGGACCCCGAAGUGUGGGAGAAACCAGAAGAGUUUAUCCCAGAAAGAUUCGAGAAACGCUCAGCUGAUUUCAAAAGUCAAGAUUUUGAGUACAUCCCAUUUGGUUUCGGCCGAAGGGGAUGUCCCGGAAUGGCGUUUGCAGUGGCCUCCAUUGUUGAUCUGGUUGCUAAUCUUUUGUACUGGUUCGAUUGGAAAUUACCUGACGGUGAAAAUGCCGAGAAUUUAGACAUGGAUGAAGUCUAUGGGCUCACUGUUUUCAAGAAAGCCCCUCUUCGUGUUUUUCCCAUAUUUAGAAAUUUCGAAUCUCAAGUUGAUCGGGUGUAACUUUUUUCAACUCAUUGAUUGCUCCUUAUAUUCUCUGAUUAGAUCUAAAUUAAACUAGUUUGUAUAACCCACCAGUUUAUCCUACUUAAUAAUAAAAAUAUGACAGUAAUUACAUGAAA